UCAUGAAAUGUGCCCAGAGGAUCUUAUUAAAACCAGUGGAACAGGUGAAACAAGGAAGGAAACUGGGGCAGAUCAACAAGUGGUUUUUGAGGCGACUUGGACUUGCUUUUCCUCAUAAAAAGUUCAUCUUAACGCAUCAAAAUGGCUGCAGUGACUGGUGCAAUACCUGUCUCUGCGUGAAAUCACAUGGAGGUGCUCUCGUGCUCACAUGACAGUCAGAGCCAUGGCAGUGGAGAUACACGAAGGCUCAGUUCCUGCCUAUUACAGAGAAGUGUAUGAGGCCAUCCACAGUAGGACACAUGAGAAAGUGCAGUUGGAAGUUUUUCAUCGAUUACUCCAAAAGACUGAACUCUCCAAGCCAGUCAUAGGCCAGAUUGUUGAACAUGUUGAGUGCACAGACGGAUACCUGAACAAGCUCGCCCUCUACAAAGCUCUGGCUCUCAUCGCAUUGGCUCAGCAAGGAAAGCAACCAAGCCCCAAACUGUUGGAAAACUGCAUUUUGGAGUUGCCUAAGCCUCAUCUUGGAGAGCCCAGAGACUUGAGCAGUCUGAGGAUGCAGCCUGCGCAGGAGGACGAGCUGACCCUGUCCCAGAACCUGGACCAGCUCCUGUCCCGGGACACGGUCCAAGUGGAAUUGAUCCCAGAGAAGAAGGGACUGUUCCUCAAACAUGUGGAGUACCAAGUCACCAGCCAGCGUUAUAAAAUAUCUGUUUAUCGACGAUACAGUGACUUCGACGUGUUCCAUGAAGUUUUGCUGCAGAGGUUUGCAUACAGGGUCGUACCAGCGCUGCCUCCAAAGCGGAUGCUAAAAGGAGUUCUGACCUCCAUCUCCGAGCGGGACUUUAUUGAAGGCCGGAGACGCGCCCUGGGCAGGUUUAUUAACUUGGUUGCUCGACAUCCGUUCUUCUCCGAGGACGAGCUGGUCAAAACCUUCCUUACCUUCAGUGGCACCGAUGUCCAGACCAAGCUGCGAGACACGUACAAAAAAGCAGGGGAUGAGUUUAUGACCAAUAGGAUUGCAACGCUGGCAAAGGAGUAUCUCCCGGCUGACAUCCAGGCUCAAUUCUCCACAAGUCGAGAACUCAUUAGAAAUAUUCACAACAGCUUCUUUAAACUUCGUGACCGGGCUGAGAAAAUGGCGGAGCGCUCAAAGGAAAACGCCACUGAUCUGCUUUUGUUUGGCAAGGAGCUCAGUAAUCUAGGCUCAGAUUCUUCGACUAUUCCCUGCUUCGCGUCGUCCCAAAGUAGCUGGGGGGCCCUACGUCAGUCCCUGAAGAGUUUGUCUGUGGAGUUUGCAGUGUUGUCGGACAAAGCUGCUCAGCAAGGGAGACGAGAAGAGGAUGAUGUGGUGGAGAGAUUAAACCUGUUCCUGGAUUUGCUGCAGUCCUACAAGGAUCUGUGUGAGCGGCAUGAGAAAGGUGUACUUCAUGAACACCAGAGGGCUCUGCACAAGUACGGGAUGAUGAAGAGGCAGAUGAUGAGCGCCACAGUCCAGCCCAAAGAGCAGGCGUCAGUGGAGCAGCUGGAGUCCAGGAUAGUACAGCAAGAAAAUGCCAUUCAGACGAUGGAGCUGCGUAACUACUUUUCCCUCUUUUGCCUUCAUCAAGAAACACAGCUUAUCUUCAGCUAUCUCCCAAUCACAUCCCACAUCCUCGGUGCCUUUGUUAACUCGCAGGUCCAAGGACACAGAGAGAUGGGGGAAGUGUGGACAGAACUGCAGCCUAAACUCGGAUGUCUCUUUGGUCGUAACAACGGUGUGAAGCUGCCCGUUUAAAGACACUAUCAUUAAUAAACACAAGCUGCUCAAGUGUUUGUAUAAAGCUGAAUUAACACAUCUGCAAAUUUGAAAUCAUAUAUAUGUAAGCAAUGUUUGUACACCAACAGGGCACAAGUGAAAAGAAUCAUAUUUAUGCUGUGCUGAGAUGAUUGUCUUAUCAAAAACAUAGAUGUAUGAUUUAUAUGUGAUUUACACACAAAACACUCCAUGUUGUUCUAUUAUAAACUAUUACACUUUAAGAGACACUAAGCCGAGACAAAGCGAUCAUUGUUCUGUCAAAUAAUACUUAAAUGCACCACUAUUUUUAUAAACAGGAAGUACAUAUUUAUAGUUUUUAGACAAUGUCACUUGUCUAAUUUUGACAGUGUUUUGUUGUACUAAUUUUGCCUGCAUUG